AUGCCAGCUUGUCAUCUUUGCAGGUCUCGUCCGUUUCUCGAUGUUUCCAAGGAUCUCGUGACUCGCUCCCACAAGGCCAACAACCGCAACCACGCUGCUCUCGCCAACGGUACCGCUCUCCCAGAGGAUCAUAUUCCGAAGUACUUUGCCAAGCACGGCUUCCUCGACUGCGAGCCUAAAAAGGUUAAGAAGAACGGUGCUGGCCGUUCCAACUGGGGUAACGCCGGCGAGGAAGUUCUCGACGAGAACUUUACCUUUGCUCAUGCCCGCCGCCGGUCAAAUAGCAGCAGCUACACCAGUGGCCAGUAUGACUUCAAGACAAAGUUCGACGUGAACGAGCCGGAGCCCGUGUUUGAGGAGAGCAUGGGCGCCGAGCUUGAUGACGAAGACACCCUGGCCAAGACGGACACCUCGUCCAGCAACGGCAGUGUCAACGGCGAGGACAAGAUGGCCAAGAAUCUCUAA